AUGUGAAAUAACUGUUCCUCACCGAGGCAGGAAUAGGUCCAUUAUGCUGCUGUGCUUUUUCUCCAACCCUGUGGAGAUUUAGGGUAUGGGUGGAUGAAAGAUGGGACAUGAGCUGGCAAUGUGUGCUUGCAGCCCAGAAGGCAAAUCAUAUCUUGGGGCAGCAUCAAAAAGAGCAGGUCGAGGGAGGUGACUGCCCCUCUGCUCUGGUGAGACCCCACUUGGAGUCCUGUGUCCAGCUCUGCAGCCUCAGUACAGAAAAGACAUGGACCUGUUGGAGUGGGGCCAGUGGAGACGAUCAGAGGGCUGGAACAGCUCUGCUGUGAGGACAGGCUGAGAGAGUUGGGGUUGCUCAGCCUGGAGAAGAGAAGGCUCUGAGGAGACCUUAGUGCAGCCCUUAAAUACUGCAAGAAAGAAAGACAGAGACUUCUUGCCAAGACCUGUAGUGACAGGACAAGGAGCAAUGGUUUUACACUGAAAGAGGGCAGGUUUAGGUAGGAUAUAAGAAAGAAGUUUUUUCUGAGAAUGGUGACACACUGGAAGAGGUUUCCCUGGCAAGCUGUGGGUGCGCCAUCGUUGGCUGUGUUCAAGGUCAGGCCGGCUGAGUCUUUGAGCAACCUGGUCUAGUGGAAAGUGUCCCCAUGCCCAGGCCAUCCAGUUGGAAGUAGAUCUCUUAAAACCAUUCUGUGGUUCUACAGAUGUGGUAACUAACAAAACACUACAGAACAGCACGUUAUGUAAAUGAAGCUGCAUUCUGUGAAUAGGACAUAUCUGAUUUUAACUUUGUGAAAUACAAUGUGAGUUGAGAGGUUGAUACGAUGGAUUUAAGUCUAGAAUCCCAAACUGCCAAUUCAGGCUUGGUUGCAUUUGUGAAACUGGCAUUUGGGGAUCUCAGUUGUAGAUUUCAGUGCUGGCAGUGUCUUCAGAUGUUGCUCUCAACUGGGGACAAAUUUUCAGGCUUUUUUUGAGGAUUCCCUUGCCUCACGGAGAACUGUAGCUUGCUGCAGCCAGGAACAUCCAUCCUUUCAGGAGGGUGGUGAUGUGGAUUCCCUCCUGCAGGACUAAGGUGACCGUAGGUUCCUGUUGAGGUACAGGCUGUUAAAGGAACUGGCGAUGGAACACUCUGGCCAGGAAUUAGUGGAGCAGUGAGGGUGUCCUGCAUACUGCUGCACAGGAGAACUUAGUACUGCGUGUAAAUACCAGAACUGGAGUUUAAGUUUCAUGGAAGAUGCCCAAGAAAGGAGGGAAGCAAGUUGAAAUGGGAAAAGAAAUGCAGACACCGUGUAAACGAGCAAAGGUGGAAGCAGCUUGUUCUCCGUCAGUCAUGAGUUUUGAGAGCCCAGACAGCCUCUUCGGAAGCUUGAUCUCUCCCAUCAAACAAGAGGUGUUUUUCAGAGAGUAUUGGGAACAAAAGCCACUGCUCAUUCAGAGAAAUGAUAACCUGAUGGCUGCUUACUACCAGUCCCUGUUCCAGUUCUCGAAUUUGAAGGAACUGUGCGGCCAGGGUCUGUACUAUGGGCGAGAUAUAAAUAUCUGCAGGUGUGUGAAUGGUAAAAAGAAGGUUCUAAAUAAAGAAGGCAAAGUGAAUUACAUGCAGCUGAAGAAGGACUUUGACCAGAAGAAGGCAACAAUACAGUUUCAUCAGCCUCAGAGAUUUAAGGAGGAGCUGUGGAAGAUUCAGGAGAAGCUGGAGUGCUACUUCGGGUCUCUGGUUGGGUCUAAUGUUUACAUUACUCCCCAGGGUUCACAAGGCCUUCCCCCUCACUACGAUGAUGUUGAGGUGUUUAUCCUUCAGCUAGAAGGUGAGAAACAUUGGCGACUCUAUAAACCAACGGUGCAUUUAGCUCGGGAAUAUAAUGUGGAAUCAGAAGAUAGGAUUGGGAAUCCCACACAUGAGUUCAUAUUAAAGCCAGGUGACUUACUGUACUUUCCAAGAGGGACUAUUCACCAAGCUGAUACUCCUCUUGGGAUCUCCUAUUCUACACAUGUGACCAUCAGUACCUACCAAAACAACUCUUGGGGAGAUUUCUUGCUGGAUGCAAUUCCUGGCCUUGUGUUUGAUACAGCAAAAGAAGAUGUGGCGUUGCGGACAAGCAUACCAAGGCAACUGCUUAUGCAGGUGGAUAUAGCUGACUCGACAAAGAAACUGAGUAGCCUUCUAAGGCAGCUUGCGGACCGCCUGGAAAACACCAGAGAGCUGAGAUCAUCUGACAUGAAGAAGGAUUUCAUUAUGAACCGGUUGCCACCUUACUUGGGAUGCGACGCUGAUCCUUUGAUGCCAGGUGGAUUUCGAAGUGGGAAAUUGCCAAAAAUAGACAGCAAAAUCAGACUGCAGUUUAGAGAUCAUGCUAUCAUUACAGUGGAACCAGAUCAAGAGAACUCUGAUGAAAUUCACAGGGAGAUGGUUUAUGUGUAUCAUUCCUUAAAGAACAGGAGAGAAACUCACAUGAUGGGGACAGAAGAUGAUACAGCUAGUGAGGAAGGCACAACACAGCAGACUCAUGGACUGCGGUUUCCUUUGUCAUAUUUGGAUGCAUUGAAGCAGAUUUGGAGUAGCAGCACUGUUUGUGUCAAAGAGCUUAACCUUGUCUCAGAUGAAGAGAAAGAAAACCUUGCCUUGUCCCUAUGGACUGAAUGUCUACUUGAAGUUAUCUGAUUACUUUUUGAAGGAGCUGCUCCUUUAUGUAGUAUGUCUGGCCAUUAAGAAUCUCUUGAGAGAAAGGCUCAUUAAAUUACUUUUUUAUCCA